AUAUGCUAUAAUUAGGUUGUCAUGAUAAAGUCUUUUGAUUAUGUUGUUAAACAUGUCCUUCCAGGCAUGGUUUCCCACAGGAGCCUUUCAUCAGGAGAUCAGCCCCAGUGCUCCAUAUGCCUCUGUGUGUUCACCAACCCUGUCUGCACCCCGUGUGGACACAGCUUCUGCCUGGGCUGCAUUUCAGACUGCUGGGAUAGCAGUCAGCAGUGGCACUGUCCAAACUGUAAAGAGGUCUUCCUCAGUAGGCCCAGGCUCAGCGUGAAUGUCCUGCUGUCGAAGCUGACGGAUCGAUUCAGGAGGUCAGCUCUGGAGCAGAUAGUGGAGAUCAGGGAACAACCUCUCGGCAGGCCUCACAUCACCUCCACUGGGGUCAUCGCAGGGAGGUCACUUCUGUUGCUCUGCAUUCUCACUGUGGUUGUCGGAUACACAGCACACGUGUGCCAGGGCACUGCCCCAACUAAGAUGGUCUCUCAGAACCAAGAAACUGUGAUGACCACAAACGAAAAAAAACAGAAGCUGACUCAGCGAAGAGAGCAAAAUGUGCAAAUGGCCAUUACUAAUUUGGACAAAAAAAUUCGCAACCUGUCGAACAUGGUAAGAGUCUUGAUGACAAAUAUGUUGGUAACUCACACAACCUUGGCCAAACAUGAGGAGGUGUAUGAGAAGGAAACUGCACGCGAGAAAAAAAUGAAGGGGAUUAUGCAAUAUGCAGUGGACGUGACCCUAGAUCCUGACACAGCACAUCCAGACCUUAUCCUGUCAUCAGAUGGCAAACAGCUAUGGCAUGGAUACACUCGACAUAACCUCAGUAAUCACCUAAAGAGGUUCGACCACUGUGUCAGUGUCCUGGGAAAAGAGGGCUUGAAUUCAGGGAGGUUUUACUACGAAGUGCAGGUCAAGGACAAGACCGAUUGGGAUUUAGGAGUGGCCACAGAAUCAAUUAAUAGGAAGGGGAAGAUUGAACUCACCCCAAAAAAUGGAUAUUGGACAAUGUGGCUGCGGAAUGGAAAUGAAUAUGCAGCAAUGGAUCAAACUAUGGUCCCCCUUUCUCUGAGAGACACACUUGAGAUAGUGGGAGUGUUUGUGGAUUAUGAAGAGGGUCUCGUCUCCUUCUAUGAUGGGGACAGUGGGACUCACAUCUACUCUUUGACUGGUUUUGUUUUCACUGAGACUUUGUAUCCAUACUUUAGCCCUAGCCUCAAUUUUGGAGGUAAAAACUCUGCCCCAAUGAUUAUUUCCAGGCAUUUCCACUAAACUACAUGCUGAAGAUUCAACAACUGCACCAUUAAAUAGAGACACUCAGUACAUGAUCAGUAACCUGUCACCUCGAACUGGAGGCUGAAAGAGCGGUUCCAUUUUGGAGUGAUGACUGAAUUGGCAAAAGAGCCAGUGGCGACAUCUGGAGGAAGUCAGGUUUACUCAAGCUUAACCCAGGAUCCAAAAAUUGCUCCAUACAGCCCUUUAGCUGUCCAUUCUGUUUCUACCCUCAAAACAAGCUGGGGAACUUACGCCCAUCUGAGGGGGGAAGAAAAAAGGGAGAAAAGAGAAGAAAAAGGGAGAAAGAAAGAAAAUAAAUGGUCUAUUUUACAUCCAUAUCUAUUUGAUCAAUGCAUUUCUAGCUGCCUGAACACACAUAGGAAACUUUAGAUUUUUUUUAAAUACUUCUGACACAUGCAGAUCUUUCUAUUUCUUUUUAUCUGUUUCAUAGUGGUUUUUUAUUUUUUAUGAACUUGAUAACAUGAUAUGAUACUUUUAUUUAAGGUUGUCAUUGGCAUCAUCACCAUUACUAUUAUUUUCAACAUCUGUUAUAGAGGGGGGUCGGGAAAUGUGUUAUCACUGAGGGGCAUCCGGUGAGAAUGGGAAAGAAUGGAGACUUGGAUAUCCAGUUUUGAUUAUUUGCACUUUGUAUUGCUUUCACACAAAUAAAUGGAAUUAAUUGUAGGUGGGUGUAUGUUUGUAUGUGUGUGUGAUUGUGGUUGUGUGUGAUUGCA